AUCAAGUGCCUGGUCGAGUGGUUAUUGAAAAUCUGUCCCUGUAUUCCCUUGCAUCCUGAAGAGGAUCCCCCUUCUUCUCCUCGGCGCUCCCGUUUUGUUCCCACCACAGUUUUCCCUCUUCUGGGUCGGGGGUCUAAGGAAUAGGUGUCCUGCGCUGUCAUUCGUUCUACUUUGACGUUUAAGGAUGUGAUGUGAAUUGCAAAAGCCCUCUGGGACUGAACUGUGAUUUAAGGGGCGAUACGCAUACAUUUGACUUCUGAGUGUCACGUUUUGGAUACGGGGGGCCGCAGGAUUCCGACCGCGAGAUGUGUCGCUCCGUGCGCUACUGGGUCAGCCACUGCCUCUAUGCAGCGAUGACCCGGCUGGAGGAGGUCAACGGAGAGGUCAGCAUGUGGUCGUCUGUCCGCUGGCUCGGCUACCUGUCCAGCCUCAACCUGCUGGUGGCCCUGUUCCUGGGACUUUACGUUCGAUGGGAAAAGACUGCGGAGUCCAUGAUCCUUAUCGUGUUUCUUUUGGCUCUGUUCGUGCUCGGGAUCGCCAGUAUACUGUACUACUACUACAGCAUGGAGAAAAUCAGCUCAAGUAUUCUGCACUUGUGCUUUGGGUUUUUGUUGGGUCUGCUGUGUUUCCUAAAUGGCCCCACCAUCAAGGACGACGUCAAGGAACAGGCAACCGACUACUUGCUGCUGGUCAGUGUGGUUCUAAGGACACUCUGGGCCAUGCUGGAGAGAGUGUGUGGGUGUACCAGAUACCGGCCCGCAUUCCUCACCUCGGCCGAGUUCCUGGAGCUGGUGGGUUUUGCUACUGCCAGCAUGGCUCUGCCGUUUCACAUAUCAAUGAGUGUGAUGGUACUGGUGGGGGCGCUGGCCACAUUAAUGGUUUCCCUGAGGAUGAAGGCUCUCCUGGCUCUGCCCAUUUUGGUCUGCUUCGCUGUCAUCACCGCAGUGCUGUUCGUCAAGGCCCUGCACAUCUCCACCAACCCCUUCGCCCUAGCUUGCUUCUUUAGCCAGCUCAUCUGCGACCCCCUGCUGGAUGUGUACUUCAGCGGCUUGUCCGUGACUGAGCGCUGGCAGCCUUUUCUGGUUUGGCGUGGGCUGUGGCGCAGGCUAUCGCUUGUACCUUUGCUGGCGGUGGAGGUGACGUUCUUCGGACUGGCUGCUCUGAAGCUCAAAGACCUCAACCAGUGGUAUCUGAUGGUACCAGCCUUCAUAGUAUGCGCGCUCUUCUGGGCCAUCUGCCACACAGUGUUUGGCCUCACGGUGUGGGGCUUUCACACCAAACUCGGUGACUGCCAGAGGGUGUGCUCGACCCAGGGGUCAGGGGUCAGUAACCUGGACAAGGUCAUGGCCUCUAAGGGUAUGAGGCACUUCUGCCUCAUCUCUGAACGCCUGUUGUUCUUCACGCUUGUGUCAACCGUCAUCUUUGCUGCAGUCUCAUGGCAGUCGUCCAGCAGUGUCUUUGUGAGUAUGUUUCUAUUGGUCCUUCCCCUGGAGUCGCUCUUUCAUGGACUUUUCCACGAGCUCGCCAGCUGCCUGGGAGGGACCUGUGUGGGCUACGCUAUGGUGGUCCCCACCAACUACUGCAGUCCUGACGGGCAGCCCCUGUUGCUGCCCCCGGAUCAGGUGCAGGAGUUGAACCUGCGCUCCACCGGCAUGCUGAACAACGUGCAGCGUUUCUUUGCCCACCACCUGAUUGAGAGUUUCGGCUGCGACUACUCCUCCAGCGGCGUGACCCUGGAGGCGCUCCAGACCAAACUCAAGGCCUUCCUGGAGCUCCGCACGGCCGACGGGCCGCGCCACGACACCUACAUGGUCUUCUACAGCGGGCACACGCACCGCUCGGGCGAGUGGGCGCUGGCAGGUGGAGACAUUCUCCGCCUAGACCAGAUUCUGGAGUGGUGGAAGGAAAAGAACGCCGACUUCUGUUCCCGCCUCAUCCUGGUUCUGGACUGUGACAACUCAAUGCCGUGGGUGAGAGAAGUCAGGAAAGUGGAGGAUCUGUAUGUGGCGGUGCAGGGGGCAGAACUUGUGCAGUUGACAGACCCUGAACUCCAGGAUGACCCGCAGCUCGGGGACUUCACCGCCCAGUGGGUGGAGUUUAACUGCAAUGCCGACAGCAGCAUCCAGUGGUCGGAGAGGGGCAGGGCUGUCGCCGCCGCCUACGGCAUCUCCAAGCACUGGAGUGACUACACGCUGCACUUGCCGACAGGAAGUGAUGUCACCAAACACUGGAGGAAGUACUUCCCACGGGUGACCUACCCGGUGGUCCAGCUACAGCUGUGGUGUGGAGGCCUGAACCUGCUGUGGGCCUGCAGCAUCUGCCUGCGGUGUCUCAGGAGGGUUAAACUGAACUGGUUCCCGCCAGCUGUACUGGACACGGGCCAGGGCUUCAAACUGGUCAAAUCUUGAAGGCCUGAACCUGAGAAUACCACCGAGCAAGGUUCUGCUUAUAGGUUUCACAUACAUUCAGAAAUGUUUCCUGAAAAUGUGUUUCUUGUUAGCUUGUUUGUGCGAUUUGUAUUUUUGUCUUCUCAUGCUAAGCGUAGGCAGCUAUUGCGAAGGAUUAUGAAAAAGUUACUAACCAAUGCACAGUGUGCACCAUUCACACAGUUACCGGCCGAUGUAUUCUGAGAUGUCUUGUAGUACAAUUUUUAUAUUCUCUUUUUAGACACGUGCACAAGCCUGUCAAACGGGCGUCCCAGUAUGUUGGGUUGGAGCUUAAACAAGAUGUUCCGGACUCUUUGACAUUUUUCCGUCGUGCAUAUUGAAUAUAAUUUUGUUGAAUCUGCUGCGAAGGGACCGUUCCACCCCGAGUUUGCAUACAUGAGUACAUAAUGUAAUGUGUUGUGCCUUUUCAGAAUCGCCAAAGAACACAAGGCUCGAGCCUGUCUUUCUUAACCAAAAUGACCACGGUACUUUCCCGGUGAGGUCUCAGGCACCUGACUGACGGUAUUUUAAUUGGUCUUUUUUGCAUAAAUGUAUUUUUUACUUUUGAAAUCACUCCUCUUAUAUACUCCUUGUAUACACUAUGCAUUUUAUACAAUGCACUACUGGGUUAAAGCUACUCCUUUCUUUUCCGGUUCAGUGCCCAGCACCUGUUGAUUGAGAAUUUUCUUACGCUUUUUGAAAUAAUUUUAAAUCUUCUAUUUCAGGGAAUCCAGAAAGAUUGAUAUCUGAUUGCACUACUGGCUGAGUUGUAUUUAUUUCUCUCAUUGUGAUUAACUUCCUGGAGUCUUCUCUGUCUAGAUGACUCUGCUAUGCAAGCUUAUUUUAAUCAGAAGUUCGUGACAGGCUGUGUUGCGAGUAACCUUGGUGAUGGAUGGAGAACAGACUAUGCAAUAAAGAA